AUGGAAAACACCAGCCAUAAUCCCAGCAACCGGAACGGAAAACACCCAUCAAUAUCCCAGCAACCAGAACGGAAAACACCAACCAAAAUCCCAGCAACAGGAACAGAAAACACCAACCAAAAUCCCAGCAACAGGAACGGAAAACACCAAUCAAAAUCCCAGCAACAGGAACGGAAAACAACAACCAAAAUCCCAGCAACAGGAACAGAAAACAACAACCAAAAUCCCAGCAACAGGAACAGAAAACAUCAAUCAAAUCCGAGCAACAGGAACGGAAAACACCAUUCAAAUUCCCAGCAAAAGGAACGGAAAAUGCCAUUCAAAUUCCCAGCAAAAGGAACAGAAAACACCAAUCGAAAUCCCAGCUGCAGGAACAGAAAACACCAAUCAAAAUCCCAGCAAACGGAAUGGAAAACACCAGCCAUAAUCCCAGCAACCGGAACGGAAAACACCAGCCAAAAUCCCAGCUGCAGGAACAGAAAACACCAGCCAAAAUCCCAGCAAACGGAACGGAAAACACCAGCCAUAAUCCCAACAACCGGAACGGAAAACACCCAUCAAUAUCCCAGCAACAGGAAUGGAAAACACCAACCAAAAUCCCAGCAACAGGAACGGAAAAUACUAAUCAAAAUCCCAGCAACAGGAACGGAAAACACCAAUCAAAAUCCCAGCAACAGGAACAGAAAGCACCAACCAAAAUCCCAGCAAAUGGAAGGGAAAACACCAGCCAUAAUCCCAGCAACAGGAACGGAAAAUACCAAUCAAAAUCCCAGCAACAGGAACAGAAAACACCAACCAAAAUCCCAGCAACAGGAACAGAAAACACCAACCAAAAUCCCAGCAACAGGAACGGAAAACACCAACCAAAAUCCCAGCGACAGGAACGGAAAACACCAAUCAAAAUCCCAGCACCAGGAACGGAAAACAACAACCAAAAUCCCAGCAAUAGGAACGGAAAACAACAACCAAAAUCCCAGCAACAGGAACAGAAAACACGAACCAAAAUUCCAGCAACAGGAACAGAAAACACCAAUUAAAAUCCCAGCAACAGGAACAGAAAACACCAACCAAAAUCCCAGCAACAGGAACAGAAAACACCAAAAAUCUGCCAGCAACAGGAACAGAAAACAUCAAUCAAAUCCCAGCAACAGGAACGGUAAACACCAACCAAAAUCCCAGCAACAGGAACAGAAAACACCAGAAAUCUGCCAGCAACAGGAACAGAAAACAUCAAUCAAAUCCCAGCAACAGGAACGGUAA